GUGCACUGUGAGAAUGCCGUCCUUCGAGUUGUACUAGUGGAACGGUGGGCUUGGCACUAGCAAGGGCCUCCUUGGGGGACAAACUUUCCCAGUACUGCCGGUAGUAUUCCCGCCACGUUUGGAGCGACGUCUGGCUCUUCUGUGACUGAGAUCUAUUGUUCCCAACUCUUUGGCAAACACUUGGGAUAGGUUCAGCCCUCAUACUACAGCUGCCUUUGACCAAGAAGCGCCUUGCUUUGACCAAAGCGUCUACGAUAAACCGUGACUCAAGAGAAACGUCAAGAUGUACAACAGAGGGUACACGCGCUAUUCCUUCGCGUAUGGCGGGAACAACGGCCGCUCGCCUUCCGUGUACUCAUCGGUAGAGAGAAGCGGGUGGCGCCCGGGGAGUCGGUUUAGCACGGGCGGCGGCUCUACCCUCUAUUCCAACGGGUACGACUACCCCGACGGCGGCGGCGUGUCCUCGUGGAGUCGCCCCGGCGGCAGGACGUCGAGCUCGACCACCUCCGUCGGGAGGUUUCACUUCAACGGGCCGAGGGCGACCAGCUCGGCGGGCGGCUCGGGCUCGUACUACAAGCCGUCCGGAGGUUCCGGGUUCAACUGGUGGGGCACGUCCACCAACACCGGGCGGAGGCCACAGCGGCCAGGGAACAGCUUUGAACUCAAACCCGUAUCAGAUGGGCCUCUUAAACUGACCAACAUCGACUUUCUGACUGCGGAGAACGGCCGUGAGCACCACACGGAUGAGUUUGAGGAACAUAACGUGGUCCGGCGCGGACAGCCCUUCUCUGUGGAGCUGCAUUUCGAGAAGAAGUAUGACGAGGGAGAGGACACGCUGCAAGUGGAACUACACUUUGGGGACAACCCUCUACCGAACAAGGGCACGCUGCAGCGUAUGCCGGUUGGAAAGUCCCUGGAGAAAGGAAAAUGGAGCGCUGCCCUGGAGAGCUCGGAAGGGGGAUAUGCUAAGGUGAAAAUUACCACGCCCCCUGACGCCAUCGUGGGCAAGUUUCACGUGGUCAUCGAGACGACGUCAGACGGCAAGACGUUCCGCAGCAGGAAGACGGACGACAACACCGUGGUCAUUCUCUUCAACCCAUGGGUCAAGGAGGAUAUGACGUACAUUGACGAUGAAGCCCAGCUAGACGAGUACGUUCUGAACGAGCAUGGCUACCAGUACUACGGUACCAGCAGACGGAUCGGCCAGCGUCCAUGGAACUUCGGACAGUUUGAGCCCAAGAUUCUGGAUGUGUGCCUGCGGCUGCUGGACAGGUCAAAGAUGAAAGCCGAGUCGCGAGGAGACCCUGUUCAAGUCAGCAGAAUCGUCUCGAAGAUGGUGAACUCCUCUGAUGAUGGAGGUGUGUUGACCGGAAACUGGUCCGGGAACUACGCCGGCGGGAGGUCGCCCACUGCCUGGAACGGCAGUGUAGAGAUCCUGCGCCAGUACUAUGAGCGGAACCGCCCCGUGUGCUACGGGCAGUGCUGGGUCUUCUCCGGCGUCAUGACAACAGUCCUCCGAUGUCUCGGGAUUCCUGCCCGCAGCGUCACCAACUUUGACUCUGCGCAUGACACUGACGUCAGCAUGACCAUAGAUAACUACAUGGACGAGAACCUGAGAAACAUCGACGGAGGCGACUCUGUCUGGAACUUCCACGUGUGGAACGAGGCGUGGAUGGCCCGGCCCGACCUACCGGAGGGGUAUGGAGGCUGGCAGGCAGUAGACGCUACUCCACAGGAAACUAGCGAUGGCGUGUACUGCUGCGGACCCUGCCCCAUCUCUGCAGUGAAAAACGGGCACGUCUACUUGCCGUACGACACCAAGUUCGUCUUCGCCGAAGUGAACGCCGACAAGGUCUACUGGCUGGUGGACAGGCGUAAGAACCUGCGGAAGCUGAGGGUCGCCAAAAACGCGAUCGGUGCCAAGAUGAGCACCAAGGCUGUCGGCUCCAACGCCAGGGAAGACCUCACGGAAAACUACAAAUAUACUGAAGGUUCUGACCAGGAGCGUGUGGCAGUCCGCACUGCAGUUUCACACGGACUGAAGCCGAACACGUACGACGACGUCAUUGAAAACGAGGACGUGGAAUUCGACAUUCACGCCGACGAUGAGGUCUUCAUAGGCGAGAACAUCCACGUCACCCUUACCAUGAACAACACCAGUUCUGAACCUCGCCACGUCACCGCCCACCUGACUGCCAGGGCCAUGUACUACACCGGUGUGCCUGCUCACGACAUUGGAGACUUGGAAAAAGAUGUCACCAUUCCGCCUAAUGGAGAGGAAACCGUGGAGAUGACCUACACGCCCAGCGAGUAUCUGGACCAGCUGGUUGACCAGGCAAUCGUGAAGGUCCACGCCAUGGCUCACGUGGACAACACUGGCCAGGUCUACUCCGGACAGGAUGACUUCCGGCUUAUGAGUCCGGAACUUACUGUUAGGGCUCCAGCUAAGAUGACCGUAGGCGAACAGGUGACAGCAGAGAUCGAGUUCACCAAUCCUCUGGACGUCACCCUGUCCAUGGUGGAGUUUCAUAUCGAGGGCCCUGGGCUGCAGAAACCAAAGAAAAUCUCUCACACACCCAUCAAACCGGGAGAGACAGUGCGUGUGAUGGAGAGGAUGACGCCGAGGAAGCCGGGAAAGAAAACCAUCAUGGCGUCCUUCACUUCCAACAAGCUCACACAGGUCACCGGCGAGCUCGACGUCACGGUCAGCUGAUCAAUCUCGCGAGACAAAAACACGCGAGAUUUGGCGACGUUUGAGGCAUAUGAUGAUCAACGUUUCUGCUCAAAACUUCUGUAGGAACUAUUUCACUAUCAAUAUUUCAAUAGGCUAAAUACGCAAAAAGGAAAGGGGACUAGAAAAACAGAGCUUUUGUAAUAGACAGGCCUUGGUAGAUUUUAUACUUAAAAUAGAAAUGGAAAAUGGAAAUACCAUAAUAACCAUUAAUUCCAAUUUCCAAUAGGAAUACAUCUAUUGUAGAAUUAUAGCUAUCUUUUGUACCAGAAACAAGCUGAUGUGCCUUUGUAGUAGAC